UCCAGAUCCACCAAAUUAUCUUCCGAUCCUCAACUUUGCACGUACCCCCUCCCCUCCUCUCUCUCUCUCUCUCUCUCUCUCUCUCUCUCUCUCUCUCUCUCUUCAUUCAUCACCAUCAACAUGUCAAAGCCAAGGUUGGAGGGCAAGGUAGCACUCAUCACCGGCGCCGCCAGUGGCAUCGGAGAAGCUGCGGCAAGAUUAUUCCUGGAGCACGGCGCCUCCGUGGUUGUAGCGGACAUUCAAGACGAAUUAGGCCGUCAAGUCAUCGCUUCGAUUAACUCCGACAAAGUGAGUUAUCAUCACUGUGACGUAAGAGAUGAAACCCAAGUGGCCGCCGCCGUUGCUUACACCGUCAAAAAGUACGGCCGGCUGGACGUACUGUUCAGCAAUGCCGGAAUUAUGGGACCACUGACGGGCAUACUGGAUCUCGACAUUCAAGGACUGGACAACGCAAUGGCCACCAACGUACGUGGGGUCGCCGCCACAAUAAAGCACGCAGCCCGGGUCAUGGUGGAGGGGAAGAUAAAGGGAUCCAUCAUUUGCACCGCCAGCGUGGCGGCGUGCAUAGGAGGAGCCGGCCCACACGCUUACUCGGCUUCGAAACACGCUGUGGUUGGUCUGAUGAAGACUGCAUGCGGGGAGCUUGGUGAGCAUGGGAUCAGAAUAAACUGUAUAUCUCCUUUCGGGGUGGCGACGCCGCUGGCUUGCGAGGCUUAUGGGCUGAAGCCGAGCGAAGUUGAAGACAACAGCAGCGCCUUGGCCAAUUUGAAGGGACUUGUUUUGACCACUAAGCACGUGGCGGAGGCCGCCCUGUUUUUGGCUUCCGAUGAAUCGGCUUAUGUAAGUGGACAAAAUUUGGCGGUUGACGGUGGUUUUACGGUGGUUAGCCGGAGUUCCUUCUGACAACUACUUGAUACGGUCGUUUAUUUUUAUUCUUUUAAAUUUUAAUUCGUUGUUGGGUUGGAGUUUUCCAUGUGCCUUUUUUCCUGGUAAUACGCACUUUAAUUCAUUUGAACUCGUGGUCAACAUCGCUUAUUGACAACUUAACGAUUUCUAUUUAAAUAUUUAAAAGUAAAAAGGAAUUGUUUGUGAGUUGACUAUUCCUACAACAAAUGAAUUGAUUAUAAGACAAGUUGUAAGUUGACUAUUCCUGCUUAUACACUUAAU